ACUUCCACUUGGGUCCCCCCCAGCCACAGCAGCUCACUACGGACUUCCCCAUUGCGCAUCCUGUGCAGUCCCAGCCGGGUCUCAGUCCCCACAUGGCCCCGGCCCACCAGCACAGCGGCACCCUCCACCAGCCCCUGACCCCGCUGCCCACCCUCCCGUUCCAGGACGUCACAGGUCCCUCCUUCCUACCUCAGGCCCUGCACCAGCAAUACCUCCUCCAGCAGCAGCUCCUUGAGGCCCAACAUCGCAGGCUGGUCUCACACCCCAGGGAUCUCAGUGUGGAUGCUGGUUUGAGCCACGCUCAGUUCCAGGUUCGGCCCAUCCCUCAGCACUAUCAGCAUUACCUAGCGACGCCUCGAAUGCACCACUUUCCCAGAAACUCUUCCUCCACGCAGAUGGUCGUCCAUGAAAUCAGAAAUUACCCUUAUCCCCAGCUUCACUUCCUUGCUCUUCAGGGACUGAAUCCAAACAGACAUACAUCGGCAGUGAGGGAAAGCUACGAGGAGCUACUUCAGUUGGAGGACAGACUGGGCAGUGUGAGCCGAGGAGCUGUACAGAACACCAUUGAGAGGUUCACCUUCCCCCACAAGUACAAGAAGCGAAGACCCCAAGAAGGCAAAGGCAAGAAGGAAGAUGGGGAAGAGUCAGACACGGAUGAAAAAUGCACGAUUUGUCUGUCUAUGCUUGAAGAUGGAGAAGAUGUGAGGCGUUUACCCUGUAUGCAUCUCUUCCACCAACUGUGUGUCGACCAGUGGCUCGCCAUGAGCAAGAAAUGCCCCAUCUGCCGAGUGGACAUUGAAACACAACUGGGUGCCGACAGCUGAGGUGACAGUCCGCCUGGCAGAUGCCCCACUUUCCUUCACCAGGUCCCCCGACGGCCAUAGCCCUUGCAGCCAAACUUUGCCUUCUGAGCCAUUUGAUUUAAAGGAAAAGCCUGCAAGCACAUUUUGCGGAAAGAGGAAUCGGUGGUAUCAGCGUCAAAGGGAUAGGAAGGAGGUCCCACCCAGCCCGAAUGGUCACCACCCCACGUGCCAUGCGUGGGGGGGAGGGGCCAUUGCCCAGCCAGGGGGGCGGGAAGGGGGGGCCCACGCUGCUGAGGAUUUAGAAGGGAUCUCGAAGGUACUAGUUGGAUAGUCUGGCCCCUCAAUCCUGUCCUUCGAAGGAUUGUAUAUAUACCUCUCGACUACGUAGAAACCAUGUAGGGGUCUCUAGCUAUUUCUGUGGAUGGCAACCGGAGCAUGUUAGCUUAAGAAAAAAUGUUGUGUGUGGUGCUCUAGUCAUCUUGUGGUGGACAUGUUGCUAUUACCGAAUUUGCACCAAAUAUUUCUCAUCAAGUCCCUUGUUUUGGUGCCUGACAAAACUGACCAACGACAGCCCGAAUCUUCCCAUCUUUAGGAGAGAAGGAAAAAAAAGGUACAAAGGUUAAGAAAAAAAAAAGCCAAAUCCUGUUUACAGUGAAAAGGAUGAUUUCUUCACCCAGGUCUGGGGGUGGGUGGGAGGGGCUUCUCGUUCUUUGUGUUGGUGUUGUUGUUUUGUUUUUUAUUUUUGCUUUGAUCAUGUUUACAGUGUACGGAGCGGUGGAAGGAGGAGGGGCAUCUGGGAAAGAUAUGGGGACAGGAAAGGAUCCAGUGGGAACAGACAGGAUCCCUCAGGAUCCCUACCUGAGCCUCCCACCAGUUGUGCUGGGGUUCUAGGUGGGCGGCUGGGGCCGGAAGGGAGGAGAGAGGGAGGUCCCGUCUGAGGGAAAGAUCCCGAGCUCCUGGUGGCCCUCAGAGAGGCCAAGGCUUGGCUUCAGGGCUCCUUCCCCCGUUUCCCCAUAGGCUAGAGAGAGGCUGGCCUUCAGCUAUCAUAGCUUGCUGCAUUCCCCAGAGCCCAACUGCUAUCGCUCUGUGUUCUCCCCUCUGCUGCUCCUUGCCUCAUGGCAAAGAGGCGAUUUAACCGCUGCCUCCCUAUGCAAAAAUAAAUAAAUAAAUAAAAGUAAGUAAAACAUAAAAUAAACUAAAUAGCAUAGAUAAUUAGUAGCUGGUCUUGGCCAAAGUGUUCUCAGCUGCUCCUCUGAGAGCUCUGGCUGGCACUCGAGGAACGCGGAGGCUCACAUGCCCCAGGAGGCUGGGAGAAGGCCAAAGCUUGCAGCCUGUUCUCUAUGGUGCCAGCCAGGGUGGAGCAUCACAGGCCAUGAGAUGGUACUUGAACUUCCUCCGGUCCCACCUGGAGAGACAGAGACUGGGCUCUGCCCCGGAGAGAAUCUUCACUGGGAAACUGGGGGUAAGAGGCCCCCAGCCCCCGCCUCCUCCCUUGAUCUGCUCUGAGCAGGUCGCGUCCCUUUUCUGUGCCUCAGUUUCCCCAUCUGUAAAGUGGGGGAGAAACUAAUCUUUAUCCCAGCCCCCACUCCCUCUACCUCCACAGGAUGUUGUGAGGAUUAAUAGCACUUCUGCUCUCUCCUGGGUCUCUUCUUAGGGUGGGGAAAAUCUUGGAAGUUCUAAACGAUUCCAUCAAAUGAUUCUCCCCCCACCCCCCACCCUGAAUAAAGCCACAGCUUUUCUGAAGCCCAGAGGGAGCAGAGGAAAAGAAAGAGGGGGAGAUAGGUGGGAGCCCAUGAAGUUCCAUCUAGCACCAAACUGCUUUUAUUACUAUUACUCUUAUUAGUAUUAAUAUUAUUAUCAUUAUUAGUUGGUUCAUGCUUUCUUUUUCAUGGGUGAGAAACACCAGGAAUUAGGACAUACCAAAAGGAGUGUGGGGGAGUGAUUACAGCUCAUAUGGAAUUCUACUACCUUCCUUUGGCCUUUCCUAUUUCCUUUCCUCCCACCCAAUUACUACCUCUCUUCUACCCCCUUUCUCCCCCUGCCCCUCAAUAACUAAGAGAGGACAUGGGGAGAACCUGGUCUCAGUGUUUAAAUACAUCGAAGGACCAUUGGGUGGAGGAGGGAGUAGGAUUGUUUUCUGUCCAUCUAGAGCAGAAGACUAAGACUAAUGGGUAGAAGUUAUAGGGAGAGAUUUCGGUUCCAUCUAAGAACUUUGUAAUAGUCCUCUGAUUAUUCCACCACAGAAGGGGCUUGUUUCAAGAGGCAUUGACUUCCCAUCAUUGAAAGUGUCCAAACAGAUUACUAUCUGCUAGAGAUUUUCCUAGAGGAGAUUUUUGCAUUGGAUGAGAGAUUGGACUGGAUAACCUGAAAAGUCCCUCUAAAAAGUCCAUGAUUCUGUGGAGUUUGUUUGUUUGUUUUUUUUUUUUAAAGUGAGAUAAUGUAUGUAAAAUGCUUCGCAAACCUUAAAAUGCUAUAUAAAUGCAAGCUAUUAUUAGUGCUCACUGUGAGUCCACUGUUGUGCUAAACGCUAAGGGGGGAUAUAAGAAGUUGACAAAAAAAAAACAGGUCCUGCCCCUAAGGAUCUUAUGGUCUAGGGAAGAAGGCAAUACACACAUUAGGGAAUAUUACAAUAUUACAAUACACGAUAGUGUUAAAGGAAAUGCCACACUGCAAAACUACACUGAAGCCAGUAUUUAACAACAAAACAAAAUUCAUAAAACUGCCAGGAGGCUAUCAGUACUUUCAGUGAGGAGGUAAGACUUCCAUCACAAGAUAAUAAGCUGCCUUGUCAGAAGCAAGGACCUUAAGGAAGGACAAACCAGUCCCAAUGCAGGGGCUCAUACCAAAGGGGCCAUCAGAAUGAGAGUUUCCUUUCCAUAACUUUAAGUGGAGAGUUCUCUCCUUGUUUUGGUUCCUUGCUCCAUCCUCCUGAGUAAACCAGGAAGGUUCAAGGGAGGCAGUGGGUUUAGAAUGGAAAGAACACUUAGUUCAUGAGCUAAAAUAUCUGGCUUUAAGUCUUGAGUUAUAACACUGACUGGAUGACCUUGGGUAACUUACUUCCUUGCUCUGUGCCUCAGUUUCCUCAUCUGCAAAAUGAGGGGGUUGGAUUAAUUGAUCUUUAAGGUCUGGUCCAGCUCUUACUUUCUGUGAUUUCCCCAAGGCCAGGGCAUCUUUUUUCCAAGCUAGUAAGGUGCUUCAUACCAGGAAGCUGUUGAAGAUGACUUUUUUUGGGGGGGUGGGCAGGAACAUCUGCUUAAGAGGCUAAAAAAAAAUUCAGAGUGGAACAUAAUAUUUUCUGCCUUUCCUCUCAUCCUUUCCCCCUCUUCCUUGCUCCCCACAUUUUCUCCAGUCCCAUUUAUAUAUUCCUAGGUGCAGAAAGCUCUGCUCUAGGUACCAAGGUGGGGACUACCCAGAGGGCAUCCCUUGUCUUGGAAGAAUUUAUCAUCUGCCACUCGUGGAAUCCCAGUUGAGCUGUAAUUACCAGACUUCUCCUCAAGAGACCCCAGGUACUGUCUGGGGGGCCAGAUGAGGCAGGUGAGGGGCCUGCUCUCCUUCACACCUGUCCCCCCACCCUAGCACCCUGGGUCCCUUCCAUGAUAUAGGGAGAAUGGUGAGAGUCGAUUUGGGCUCAAGACUCUCUGCCCCUAACUUGGGAGGUCUCUGGAGUUGUUCACCAGUGGUCGAGAAGGAAGAGUGGAGAGGGGCCCAUGUUUCCUUUCCCUCCCCUCCCCAGGGACUUUUGAGGGGAGUUGGAGGUCAGGGGGAAACAGGCACAGAGACUGCUCCAACGCCAACAUCUUAAGGAGAGGAGACCAUCUUCAGUCCUUCUGCUCAACUCAAGGGCCUCAGACCCUCGACUGAGAAGCAUGAGUGCCUUCUGUGGCUGGAAGCUGCCCUGGGAAUGAAACUGGGGCCCCUUUCCAACAGCAGCCGCAGCCACAGCAGCAGGCCCCUUUGGGACUCUGGUCAAUCCAAUGCCAAUGAGCCCAGCAGGGCAGGGCAGAUGAGGCCGAAGGGCCCAGGGUCCACAGUACACCUCCCCUUCUCCAGGACCCUCUCUUCGUCCUCUCCAGAGCCCAGCGCCCAGUCCUGCUGCCCCCCAAGGCAGGGCAUCAGCUCCUCCGCUCCCAGCACCCCAACUCCAUGCAGGUGUUACUAACUCUUUAUGCCUAAUGAACAAGCACAGUUUUUUUCCAGUGGUGAUGAAAACACCACCAGACUCUUUCCUGAAGAAAUCCCACUCGCUCCCUCUCCACCCUUUGGUGGGGAAACCUUCCCCUGUCCCCCCGCGGCGCCGUAGCAACGUCUGUCAGGUCCCCCCUUGCCCGCGUUCCAUCUCCUGUCCUCGCAUAGAGCGAAUGCUAGAGCGAUUUCAGCUGAUAGAAAAAAAACAAAAACAAAAACAAAAAUGAAAAAAACAAACAACAAAAAACAAAUAAAAAAACACAUGGCACGUUGCUAGUUUACAGGGUUUUGUGAGUUUAAAUGCCUUAUAUUUAACAAUCAUAAUUUAUGACUAACUUGUAGAUAUUGUGGGUUCUUAUUUAAUUAUUUUUAUAGUUGUUUUGCAUUUUUAAUUAUAAUUUAUUUAUUUAGAAAGGAUACUAAUUUUUUUUAUUACUCCUAUUACCUCAUUUUGGCAUCGUUUCUGGGAGUGGAAUGCUUUGCAUGCAUUGGUACGAUGAAAACCGACUUUGACCACAAAAAAAAAAAAAAAAAAAAA